CCACCUUUUUCUCACUUCUAUAUAUAACUCCUCUUCAUGUAUCACCUUCUUCAUACUCCAUAACAUCAUUUAUAUCUCUCUCUUUCACAUUCAGUUCCAAAACAAAUUACACAUUCUUGAUUUGUGAUCGUUAUAGAGAAAAUGAAGACGACCGGUUCGAGUGUAGGAGGAACAAAGAGGAAGAUGUGGAGCCGUGGAGUGGGAGGAGUGGUUAGAGAGCAAAAGGCUAAGCUUUACAUCAUAAGGAGGUGUGUUGUCAUGCUUCUUUGUUGGCAUGACUAAAAUCAAAUCAUUAUCAACAUCAUCAUCAUCAGCUUAAUGAAGACUAACCAAAGAUUUUCUUCCUUUUUCCUCUUUUUUUGUUGCGGGUCUUACUUAUAACCAACCCUUGGGAAGAAAGCUUUUAUAUGUAUUGGCUUCUAAACGGAGCUAUAUAUGUAUUCCUUUUUUGUAGUAGAUUUUUCAUCCCAAAGAAGGUUUUUUCAGAUGUAUAUUUGUAACUUAUUAAUCGAUAUCUUUUGCUGUUUA